AUGGAAUUCCUCCUGGGCGGCCUGUCGUCCUGCUGCGCCGUACUGUUCACCAAUCCGUUCGAUGUGCUCAAGACGCGCCAACAACUGGAAGGCGAGCUGCUGGCCCGGGACAAGAUGAUGGGCAAGCGUGCCUACCGGGGCCUCUGGCAGUCGAUCGUUUCCGUAGUGCAAUCGGACGGACUACGGGGCCUUCAUAAAGGACUUCCGGCAGCGGCGCUGUAUCAGUUUUCGAUGAACAGUGCCCGACUGGGAACCUAUCAUGUGGUGGAAAACCUGGGCUGGACGCGAAGUGACAACGCUCUGCUGCAACCCUUCCUGCCGGUGUUUUGGGGCAGCUUCGCGGGCAUCAUUGGUUCUACCACUUCCUGUCCGGUUUUCGUGGUGAAGACACAAAUGCAGGCGGAAAGUGCUCGACAUUAUACGGCUAAGUUUCAACAUCGACACAGCGGUACGGUGGGCGCUUUCGUGAAAAUCUAUAAGGAAAGUGGUGUUAGAGGAUUGUAUCGCGGCUAUACUGCCCACUUGGCGCGGGUUUCGCUGGGAUCCGCUGUCCAGAUGGCUUCGUUUGCUGCUUGCAAAGAUUACCUCGCAAAGUAUGAAAUGUUUCAAGAUUCGGUGGUUCGCAAGGCACUGGCCAGUAGCGUCGUGGCUGGGUUCUUUGUAGCCGGACUGAUGUGUCCCGUCGAUGUGGUUCUGGCACGAAUGACGAAUCAAGGCGUAACGACCACCGGAAAGGGUCUCCUGUAUGCCAAUGUUUUCGAUUGCUUUCUGAAAAUCUAUCGCACCGAAGGCACCCACGGACUGUACAAAGGAUUCGUGCCCCUCUACGCACGGGUGGCACCUCAUACGUUGCUGAAUUUGACCUUCUGGGAUUUUUUCAAAAGUUUGCACAGUCGCUAUUACCGGAGUGGAAAAUGA